UAGAAUGCUAUGUACCAUUAUUUAUUAAAAUAUUAUUUUAAUAAAAUAUAUUAACAAGACAUGUCGCUUAAUAAAAUCGCGUCAAAAAGUCAAAUUGAAAUUCAUCUACUUGUUUUUGCAGCGUUUUUCGUUUAUUGGCGAUAGUAAAACGAUAUUAUUUUGUGAAGAGCGUAACAGACAAAAACGCAAAUAAUAAAAAUACUUGGAAAGAGUGUAGAAAAAAUAUGAACGAUUAUUUUAUCGCCUAGUUGAACAUGCAAACAGGGUCGCAUUUUGCCGAUUGUUAGAGAUUAGAGACUUCAUAUAUAUUUAAGACUGUUUGUUUAAAAUGUACAAGCAUAAGAAAUUAAAACAUUUGGAAUCGUUGCCGUUUUCUAUAUACGAUUUGAUUGAAUUUAUGCAAAAUUGUCCUAUUUUAUGGGAUCGAGACCAUGAACAUUAUAACAAUCGAAUCAAACGCGAUGAAGCUUGGCAUAAUGCUGCACGUCAUGUAUACAAUAAUUUCGACGGCUGUUCCAAAUUUGAACAAGGAAAAAUAAAAUAUAUAUUAUCAAAACGUUGGAAAAAUACGCGCGAUAGUUUUCACCGGCAUGUACGUCUACAAUCAACUCCGCAAAUAAAGCGCGCCAGACCAUACAUAUACCAUAGAGAACUUAGCUUUUUAUUAAAAUCUAAUAACAAUUCAGAUAAUUUAUUUUCUCCAAGUGAUGGAACUUCUAUUCAACUGAAAUCUGAUGAUACAUUAAACGUUUAUUUAGAUGAAGAACCGAAACCUAUUGUAGAAAUAGCUGAUUCGAUAAUUUCCCAAAGAAAACACCGACGCUACUUUUUCGAUUUAGAAAAUGAAUUUGUUAACUGCGAAGCAAGUACUAUCGCAGAUGAUCUAGAAGAGUUAAUGCCUGAACAUACAAAAGUUGAAGUACUAUCUCAAAUGAGUAAUAAUAACGACAGUGCUAGUGAAUACAGUGAGCAAAGUUCCACAGAUGUCUUAACAUCCGAUAAACAAGUAGAUAAUACAAUAACUAUUAAGGAACAAAACCUGAUAGAUAUGAAUUGCAUCGAAUCUGAUCCUGAUCAAGGAUUUUUCGAUUCCAUAAAACCAAUACUUAGAUUAAUGAGUAUUGAUGAAAAGCUAGACUUUCAAAUAGAGGUUUUGACUUAUUUAAAAAGAUAUAGA